ACUGUGGUGGGUGACGUGCCCUUCCAGCUCAAGCCGGCCAGUGAGGGUGAAGGGGAGCCACAGAACAAGCGCAAGUAUUUCCUCCAUACCUCGGCCCCUCUGGACUACGAGGCUGUCCGUGACUACAACGUGGUGAUCGUGGCUGUGGACUCAGGCAGCCCCAGCUUGUCCAGCAACAACUCCUUGCUGGUGCGGGUUGGGGACACUAACGACAACCCUCCCGUGUUCAGCCAGGCCGUGCUGGAGGUCUCCUUCCCAGAGAACAACUUCUCCCUGGAGGCCUCGCCCCUCUCCUCGGAGGUGCCAGGUGGCAUCUUCAGCAUUGACCCUGACUCUGGGGACGUGUCGGUGCAGGCAGUGCUGGACCGUGAGCAACGCGACACCUACGAGUUCCAGGUGACGGCCCGGGACAAGGGGAUGCCAUCGCUGCAAGGCUCCACCACUGUGGUGGUACGGGUGGCAGAUCGCAACGACAACGAGCCGCGCUUCAUGCAGGACGUGUUCACUUUCUACGUGAAGGAGAACCUGCAGCCCAACAGUCCUGUGGGCAUGGUGACUGUGAUGGACUUUGACAAGGGCCGCAAUGCCGAGCUCAGCCUCUCCAUCGACCAUGACCAGGCAGCUGGCAUAUUCUCUAUCGAAAAUGACACCGGAACCAUUUUCUCCACUGUCUCUUUUGACCGGGAGCAGCAGACCAGCUACACUUUUAAGGUGAAGGCAGUGGAUGGAGGAGAGCCACCACGCUCUGCCACCGCCACCGUGUCCCUCUUUGUGAUGGACGAGAACGACAAUGCGCCCACGGUCACCUUCCCCAGCAACAGCUCCUACACUGUGCUGCCACCCUCCAGCAACAUGCGCACUGUGGUGGCCACAGUGGUUGCCACAGAUGCUGACACUGGUCUCAACGCUGACCUCAACUACAGCAUUGUCGGGGGCAACCCCUUCAAACUCUUUGAGAUUGACCCAGCCAGUGGCGUAGUGUCACUGGUGGGCAAGCUGGCCCCCAAGCACUACGGCCUGCACCGCCUUGUGGUGCAGGUGAACGACAGUGGGCAGCCACCCCAGUCCACCACUGCCUUGCUGCACGUCUUCGUCAACGAGAGCUUGUCUAACGCCACCAUGGUGGAGAGUCAGGUGUCCCGCAGCCUCCACACGCCCCUGGCCCAGGACAUCGCCGGAGACCCCAGCUACGAGCUGAGCAAGCAGCGGCUUAGCAUAGUUAUCGGUGUGGUGGCUGGCAUCAUGACUGUCAUCCUCCUCAUCCUGGUGGUGGUCAUGGCCCGCUACUGCCGCUCCAAGGGCAAACAUGGCUAUGAGGCCGGCAAGAAGGACCAUGAGGAUUUCUUCACCCCACAGCAGCAUGACAAGGCCAAGAAACCCAAGAAGGACAAAAAAGGCAAGAAGGGCAAACAGCCCCUCUACAGCAGCAUCGUCACUGUUGAGGCUUCCAAGCCCAACGGGCAGCGCUACGACAGUGUCAAUGAG